AUGACUAUUUCAAAUGACAUAAAACCCCCGAAAGGGUCAAAACAGCACGUACGAAAGCGCAAGAGAGAUGGCACCUCAAGUGAACAUUCAAGUCCCACGUCUCCAAACGAAAGUGGCAAGAGAAAUAAACGUGCCACGAGAGCAUGUGAGCGUUGUCGCAAUAAAAAGAUAAAAUGUGACAUUGAAAGAGACAUUGCUUGCAAUGCGUGUGUUGAUGCCAAUGUGGUAUGUGAGGCCGGCAACGGAAAGCACACGGAGGACAAAAAGUAUCCUCCAGGAUACACAGAAUCCCUAGAGAAUACUUACCAAGCAAUGGUACUUGUUAUAGACAAGCUCUGGCGAAUGGUAAAGAGUAGAGAGGAAUGGACCUUAUCAGAGCCUCGGAUGAAGGAUGGUGGAAAGGGGCCUGUAGUCAUUCAUGAUAUAGCUCAGGCACUUGGCUGCAUACGUAAUGCACCUGGUCUCCCAGAGUGUUUUAUUGAAGAUGCGCCAGCUCUAUUGACGCGAUUGUCGGCAGAAGAAAUGUCCAAAGUCAAAAAGGAGGUUCAGACGGAGGGUAACACGUCUACAGAGGAGCUUUCAUCAGAACAACAACUCAAAUGCGCCGAAUCCUUGCCCGAAUUCCAGGUUGAAUCACCCGUCGAGCUCCCUCCCCCAAGUUACUCGAGUCAUUUCCCUCCGACGUCCGAGAAAGAAUAUUUCAACACAACCAAGCCUUCCAUUCCGCUCCAGCUUCAAUCACCCAAAAGCCUUCCAUCACCAGCACCAAUAUCAAGAUCGGUAGCCAUCGAUCAAAGACCCGACACUUCUACCUUAUCAUUAUCAAGAACAAUCUACAUUAUCUGCCUCUACAGUAUCAUCGUUCUCGCCUACUUACCAGGCGAACUCACCCUUUCAGUCUACAGUCUCGUCGUUUUCGCCUGCCUACCAAGCGCACUCACCGUUAACAUCUUCUGA